UUUGCAUGCAAUUUGAGGGGCCUCGUAAAACUACCUGGUAGCCCUGAGGAGUCCAUGGACCUCUAGUUAAGAACUCAUGCCUUUAAUUCUGACUUUCAGGACAGGUGAUAGAGUGAUCCUGACUUUUGGGUUGACUUAGGGUUUUAUCUCUUUCUUUUUUUUUAAACCUUUCCAUUUUUUAUAAAGGGGGUUUGGGGCUUUAAAAUGGGACCUGGAGUUACUGUUAAGGAACAAGAUUUGAAGUGAACGAAAAAUAUUAUCUGUCUAAAUUGGCACUGGAGCCCUGGUGGCACAGUGGUUGAGAGCUCAGGCUGCUAACCAAAAGGUCGGCAGUUCACAUCUACUAGGUGCUCCUUGAAAACCCUAUGGGGCAGUUCUACUCUGUCCUAUAGGGUCUCUAUGAGUCGGAAACAACUCGACAGCAACGGGUUUGGUUUUUUUGUUUUUGGUUUACACUGGCAAUAAAGAUUUUAUAGAAGUGCAGUCAUGCUAGCACAGUUGGAAAGAGACAGAACUGUGGAUGUGGGUGAAAAUGUCUUUUGAACUGUAACAGUACCAGAUUUCUAGUCAAACAUUAAAAAAUGGACUAUUGCAGAGGAGAGGAGAGAGGUAUAGUAGUGUCAGUGUUAAGAAUAGUGAGACAUUUGCAUUAUUGAAGCAUAACGUGCAUAUAUGUGGAUAGCUGAAGAUAGUUUGGAAGGGAAAACUAGGUGAACUGUGUGACUCUAAGGGUGGAUUGCAUUGAUACUGAAAAGGGCCUUCUAAGUUGUGGAGCCCUGGUGGUGUAGUGAUUAAGAGCUCGGCUGCUAACCAAAAGGUCAGCAGUUUAAAUCCACCAGCCGCUUCUUGGAAAAUCUAUGGGGCAGUUCUGCUCUGUCCUAUAUGGAACAACAGCAUCUAAAACAACAAAUUGUGUAAGGAGUUUGGCUUUUGUCAUGUAGGCAGAAGGAGGAUGAUCAGACCUGUCUGUGUUCUACUGGCAGUGCAGAGGGUGGAAUCUGGAGGGGGACAGAUUUUAUCAUUACUUCUCAGCUUAAAACCUUUUAAUGUCUCUCCAAUGUAGUUUAUAGCACUCCAACCACAGUGGCUUUAUUUCAUUUUCUCAGAAUGGCUAUAUUCAUUAAUUUCUAACACUAACAUAUCAUUUACUAUGUGGCAAGCACUGGUCAAUGCUGUUUACAUACAUUAACUAAUUUGAUAAGGUAAAUACUACUAUUAUCCCAUUUUAAGAUGAGAAAACUGAAGUGCAGAGAGAUUAAAUAACUGAUUAAGUAAUUUGCUGUAUGUCACAGCUAAGUUGUGGUUCACACCCAGGCAGUCUGUCUCAAAAAUUGAUGUUCUUAGAUCACCAUGGACUACUGCCUCUUGUUUUUACCUCAGAAUCUAGAACCUUCACAAAUGCUGCAGUUUCCUUUUGCCUACAGUGCUCUUGCCACCUCCCACUCCCCGCAAUACCUUUGUCUAAUCAACUGCUAGUCACCCUUCAGAUAUCAUUCAAGCAUUGUUUACCCAAGGAAGCCUUCCCUGCCCUCUCUAUCCAUGCACAUGAUCAGACCUCUUUUCAUAUGCUUUUAUAGAGCCUUGAGCUUGUUUUUUUUUUUAAGUCAGUUAAACACUUUUUAUGUGAUCAUUAAUUGCCUUGUUCCCCUACUAGAUUGUAAGUUCCAUGCAGGCAAAGACUUUUUUUCCUUUUGAUUAUUUUCCUGUAUUUAAGAUAAUGCUUGAUUCACAGUAGGUGCUCAGUAACUAUUUGUCAAAAGACCUGAAAUAAGGUAGUGCUUAUUAGAAUGGGAACAAAUUUGGAAUGUAGAAUUGUAUGAAUUUAUAGAUUAGUUAAAUGUGGGAGGAAUGAAAGAUGACUCCAAGAUUGACUCCUUUAGGUUGGGAAGAGGAGGAAGAGCCAGUCUUGCACAGGAGAGAAAUUUAGUUUUAGGCUUAAGAGUCUUUAGGACGUCCCUUUGGAGAUGUCUAGUAGUCAAUUGGAAAUAUGGGUUUUUUUUGCUGAAGAGCUGAGAGUUUAGGGGUAAAAGUCUGGGUUUCAUUUUAAAAAUACUUAUUGAGUACCUACUACGUGCCAGCUACCGUAAAGGUGCUAGGAAUUCAGCAAUGAACAAAACAGACAAAAAUCCUUGCCCUCAUGGAGGUUAUAUUUUUCUGGAGAAGGCACGAUAAAAUGGUGAUAUGGUCUGUAGAGAAAAACAGGAAGUACAGUGGGAAAGAUGCUGUCAUUUUAAAUAGGGUGACCAGGUAAGGUCUCUUUGAGAAGAUGUUGAAGCAAAGAUUUGAAGGAGGUAAAGCAGUGAGCCAUGUGGAAAGUGUUAGAGGGGUAGCGUAAGGGGCCACGUGGCUUAUCGAAGUGAGCAGUGCUAGUAGGAAUAGUAGAAGAGGGGUCACAGAGGUAAUGGUGGGGAAUGGGGAGUAGAUUGUGUAGGGCCUUGUAGGUGAUGAUUAGGACUCUAGCUUUUAUCCUUUAUGAUAUGGAAAACCAGUGGGGGAAUUUUUUAAUAGAGGAGUGACAUGACUGACUUCAAUUUUCUUUUUUUGUGUGAACAUUUUCUUGUUGUUUAGGUUAAGUUUACAGAGCAAAUUAGUUUUCCAUUCAAUAAUUUAUGCACAGCUUGUUUUGUGACCUUGGUUGCAAACUCUUGAAUGUGUCUGCACUCUCCCCCCUUCCUUCCUGGCUUCCUGUAUCCAUUCACCCAGCUUUCCUGCCCCUACCAUCCUUCUGAGCUGUGUUUUUAGGCAAAUGCUGCCCCUUAGGUCUCAUAUAGUUGAUUGUUCUGAGAUGUACAUUCCUCACUGGUGUUAAUUGUUCAUCUUAUAGGCCUGUUCUGCUGUAUGGCUAUAAUGUGAUCUCUGGGAGUGAUUUCAGUUCCAAGUUAGAAGAGUGUCUAAGGAGUAUAGCCUUGGGAGCUCCCCCAGUCUCUAUCAGACCAGUAAGUCUGGUCUUAGUUUGAAUUUUGUUCUGUAUUUCUCAUUUCAUUCUGUCCAUGACCUACUAUUGUGGUCUCAGUCAGAGCAGUCAGUAGUGAUAGCUGAACACCAUCUAGUUCUUCUGGACUCAGGCUGGUGGAGGCUGUGGUUCAGGUGGUCCAUUAGUCCUUUGGACUAAUAUUUUCCUUGAGGCUUUGGUUUUCUUCACUCUUCUUUGCUCCAGACAGGAAGAGACCAAUUGUAUCUUAGAUGGCUGCUCGCAAGCUCUUGAGACCCCAGGUGCUGCUCAACAAGCUUGCCGAACUAAAGCAGGAAUGUCUUGCUCGUGGUUUGGAGACCAAGGGAAUAAAACAAGAUCUCAUCAACAGGCUCCAGGCAUAUCUUGAAGAGCAUGCUGAAGAGGAAGCAAAUGAAGAAGAUGUACUGGGAGAUGAAACAGAGGAAGAAGAACCAAAGCCCAUAGAAUUGCCUGUCAAAGAGGAAGAACCCCCUGAAAAAACUGUUGAUAUGGCAGCAGAGAAGAAAGUGGUAAAAAUUACGUCCGAAAUACCACAGACUGAGAGAAUGCAGAAGAGGGCUGAAAGAUUCAAUGUACCUGUGAGCUUGGAGAGUAAGAAAGCUGCCCGGGCAGCUAGGUUUGGCAUUCCUUCAGUUCCAACAAAAGGCCUGUCAUCUGACACCAAGCCUAUGAUUAAUCUGGAUAAACUGAAGGAAAGGGCUCAAAGAUUUGGUUUGAAUGUGUCUUCAAUCUCCAGAAAGAAUCCUUCAGAUCCAGAGGAGAGUGAGCCUUGCUGGAACAUCCAUUUAGAUACUAGAAGCAGGCCACACACCCCAGAGAAACUCCCCUUUCAACUUAUUGACUGCUCGUAGCAGAUCUCAUCAUGGAAGAGAUUGUAUCAGAUAUCAUCAUGGAGGUGAUUGUAUUAUAUCACACGUUACGGAAGAUCAACCAGUCCAGUGUCUGCUAAACCACUGAGAAUCAUAGCCUAGCCAAGUUGACACAUAACAUUAACCAUCACAGUAACCCAAUGUGACAGAGUAGAACUGCCCCAUAGGGUUUCUAGGCUGUAAUUUUUUACAGGCACAGAUCACCAGGACUUUACUCCUGCAGAGCCACUGGUGGGUUUGAACUGCCAACGUUUUGCUUAGUAGCUGAGUGCUUAACCAUUGCAUCACCAGGGUUUUUUAGCUCUCUUACUUCUCACUAGAAAGCAUGUGCAGCAAAAGAGAAAAUGGAAACGUUUCUCAAGAAGAAAGCCAAAAUAAGCAGUAUUCCUACCUGCUGUGUUUAAAGAGCUGGACUAGUGAAACAAAUUGAGCACAGAAAGCUAGAUAGCUGCCCUGCUUUUGAUCAUAAAGGUGACUCCUGUGUUCAUAGAGACAAAGGCAAUUUUUUUUUUUUUUUUUCAAAA